CGAAUCAUACUUUUGGGAUUACAACAAACUAACAAAAUUCUUCAACACACCAAAUACCAUAGCACAGACAGACUCUUUCUCCUAAAUUAAGAAAACAAAAUAUAGUAAAACUAAAUUCACCACAUCUUCGACCAAAUCAACACCCAAAGAAACUAAUGGGUGCUUCCCAAUCGCUCUCUCAAAAAUCCAUCUUUGAAUUCACAGUCAAGGAUGCUAAGGGAAGGGACGUGGACCUCAGCAUAUACAAAGGGAAAGUUCUUCUUAUAGUUAACGUUGCUUCAAAAUGUGGAUUUACGAAUUCCAAUUAUACCCAGUUAACUGAGCUUCACAGCAGAUACAAAGAUAAAGGACUUGAGAUAUUGGCUUUUCCAUGUAAUCAGUUUUUGAACCAAGAGCCUGGGAGUAGCCUGGAUGCAGAACAAUUCGCCUGUACAAGAUUCAAAGCCCAGUAUCCGAUUUUUGGAAAGGUACGCGUGAAUGGACCCGACACAGCACCUCUCUACAGAUUCCUUAAAGAAAAGAAAUGUGGUUUUCUAGGGUCUAGGAUAAAAUGGAAUUUCACAAAGUUUUUGGUUAACAAAGAAGGGCUUGUGAUCCAGCGUUAUGGUCCAACCACCAAACCAUUCUCAUUUGAAAAUGAGAUCAAGAAGGCAUUGGGGGAAGCUUGAAAAGGAUAAUGAUGAUAAGAAAAUGAAUGUAUAUUUGGUAGAUGUUGUUUCUUCUAGUGAUUAAUUGUUGCAUAUGUUAUGUCUAGGGGAUUUGUUAUGUUAUCUCAAUUCUUGUAUUCAAAUUAUCUUUUGGUAUUGUGAUGUAAGUCAUUAUUUAAAAAAGUUAUCUUUUGGACU